UUGGCGACUCUUCUGUUAGUCUGUAUAAACAAGAAUUUAAAGCCGUAAAUCAAAUUAAUAAAAAAACUAUAGGUUUUAACAUUGUAGACCAGUAUGAGUUUUAGCCAAGGUUACAAAAUGAAAGAAAGUGUGACUGAAAUCAAUGAAAACAAAACCAGAGCUACCCCUGUUGCAAAGGUGGCGCCCGAAGUAAAACAGAAUGCUGAUGCGGACACAGAAAUCACUAAAACAUGUGCAGUGUUGGGCUGCGAGGAUUUCAAAAAUUUGGACGCCGAGUCGUUUUUUAGAUUUCCCGAGGAUUCGAACUACAGACAGAUAUGGACGGACCUGACCGGGCGUAACAACUGGACGCCAACAGACUAUUCUUACAUCUGCAUCCAACAUUUCUCGGUGGAUUGUUUCAUGUGUGACGCCAACGACAGUAUGGUGCUGAUUGACAGUGCUGUGCCAUCAUUGAAACUGCCCGGACAUGUUCUUGAGGUUGAAUACAUUGACGAGGAGACGCUGGAAAAUGAAGAUGAAGAGUACAUAGACACUGAUAUGGAUGAUAUGAGUGACAACGCAUCGGUCAGUGACAAAAUGAUGAAUGAUUCAAGACUGGACCAUAGACAAUUUGAUACUAAACCUAUUAUUGACAUUAAACCUGUAAACGAAACUAAAUCCAUAAAUGAUACAAGAGUGGUGAACGGAAAUGGAAAUGUAGACAAAAAACCGAAAAUAAAAGUCAAAGAAGUUGACAAUACAGAGGUACUGAAACUAUUUACAGUGGUACAAAAAAUGCAGCGGCAAGCCGUCGGCCUAAAAUACAAAUUAAGACGCGUUAUGAAAGCGCACAAUCGUUAUAAUAGAAUUAUAGAAAACAUGGAAGAGAAGGUGGAAAGGAAGAAGAAGAUUUUGGAGCAGAAACGUAAGAAAAAAGCUCGAAUACUGCUGUCUCUGCAGGAUAAAAUUAAAGAGGAUACAAAUGGAUUAGUUUUAGCUAUGCCGGUGCGACAGACGGACGAUUUGAAGAACUUUGCUCUCAGUAUAUAUAAAUAUUCACCGCAAGCAUACAUUUAUGUGAGGAACUCAUUAAGAACUAUGCUGCCAAGUACCGACGUGUUAGACUCCUGGUUAAGUUCAGGAUAUCAGCCGAAGAAUGCUCUAUCGAAUAGUAAUUUGAUUAAAGUGAUCGCUGAACAAACAGAAAAGGAACUGUCCUGUAAAGUUACGUUAGGUUAAGUUACAUUCGCGUCUAUUUUAAAUAAAGCAGUCUUCAAUA